GAGUGUAUGCUGCAGCCCAUGAUUUUAAGACAGAAUGGGUGGUAGUCAAGGGCAUUAAAGACUUUGUAGAUGAAACGCAGUCUUCAAGUAAAAAAUGGAAACAAAUUGCCUGUCUGAUGGCAGCAUCUGUUGUGGCCAACAUUUUGAAUGAUCCAGUCAUAUUCCAAGAUUGGCCUUACUUUAAUGCAGGUAUAAUGCUUCCUGUCUCAAUCUUGUCUUUUUACAAGGAUAAGUCUGACUUAGAUCUAAGUUCCCACAGCAUAUUCUUGUAUGGAUUACAAAUCAAGAUCAUUUAUUCAGUAACAGUUCACAAAUAGAAAAUUAAGGUACCCUUAUUUUAAGUUUAUGUAUUAGUAAGUUUAACAAGGCCUCUUAAGGUGGUGGCAGAAAAAACUUGUGGUUAAAUCAAGUGAUGCUGAUGAAUGACAAUUCACUUCAUGAGCCAGGUGAACAUGCCUGUUUUCUAUAGUUAGCUUGGUUUAUGUAACACAACCAGAAAAUGGAAAAUUCGGAGGCUAAUGACAUCUGCCAUUUAGUGAUUUGAAGUGAUUUGAUAUAUGUUCCUGGGCAAAUUAAGCAACACAUCAAAUUGUUUUAAACUAAGAACAGAGAAUUAUCCAGUACUGCGUGUGCAACUGUAUUUUGAUGUUGAUACUUAAUUGAAUGCACAGGGAAGUGAUAACUGCCAGCACAUAUACAUGUAUUUACAGUUUUUUUUCUGUUGUUGUUGUUGUUGUUGUUUUUUACCCAUUUUUGGAACCUGACAUAAUAGUAGUAGAGACGAAUGAAUCAGAUUGUAAGUAAAUUUCUUAAGUAAAUUGGUUUAAAGAGACAACACUUCUUUUUGUUUAUUAUUUAAUUUAGGUGCCAAUGAAUUGCCUUCUCGAGGUGAGUCCUACAUGUUUUGAUGAGUGUAAUACUUAAUAGUGAAAUAAUAAAUGUAAUAAUAGUGAACAUGUGAAUGGUAACGAUAAACAGUGAACUUAUUUGCGACUAUUUGAACUACUGUUAUUAAAUGUUGACAAGUAAAGACGAUUUUAAAGGGUGGAUCCAGGAUUUUUAUAUAGAGGGGGGUCACAAUUUUUGUUCAGAAAACACAGAAAUUUUGUGUUUUUUCUGAAACCACAGUAGGCCAAGACCUAUAUCUGGAACGGUAAUUGUUAGUUGCUCCAUGUUGGAUGGUGAUAUGUGAUCCUGUUGUUUCAAGAAUUUGGGUGUCAGACAAGUGGAUCUGACGCCACCACCGAUUUUUAACCAUUAUAGGGUCCGUGAGUUGGGGCUCUGAUAUCCAAUACUGGAAUCGUUUCUCUGUCAGACACUAGACUUUGAAAUUUACAUUCAAGACUAAGCUUCUAAGGGUUAGAACUAUGUGUGGUAUUAAUGUGCCUUUAGUUUGUUAUACUUUUUUCAUCAAUAAGAGUAAUACCAAUAUAGCCUAAAAUCUUUGCCUUAAUUGCUUGUGUGUUGAUUGACCUGCCCUCAAAACAGUUAAACCCCGUGGAGCAAGAGUGAUAGUACUUAAACUGCUAUCCUCGUGUUCAUAUUAUUUAUUAAGUAUGUUCCUUUUUUUAUUUCAGCCGUAAGUACCUACACUUCAGCUUUAAAGUCUUUAAUUAUGUACCAUACGGAGUUCUAACCCAAACUGCUUGCCUCUCGCACGAUUUCCAACGCGAAAACGGACGAAAUGUUCACUAAUCUUCUCAUACAACAUGGAAGAAAAGCCCUGAUUAGGAAUGACGAGACAUAUUAUUCAAGGAGUAAAGAGCUUGAGUACUACGGGAAAAUUAGUGGUACUCCAGUCAAGCACUGCAGUGAAAUAUUUCUUGGCAUGAUUGAUGAUCAGGAAAGUGCUAAUUCUAUUCUUGUCGUUGGAAAAGCAGGGAUUGGGAAAUCCCUGUUUUGCCAAAAGGUGAUUCGCGAUUGGGCUAACAACAAAUUGCUUCAAGCACUAGAAAGCACUGAAAUCUCCAAUUUGAAAUUUGUGUAUUUGCUUACUUUCCGUCAGUUGAAUUUGCUCAAGAAUAAGCAUUUGACUUUAAGAGAAAUCUUAAAUUUUUCGUCGGUACUGAAUGACAAAUGUAACAUUAACGAAUCAACAUUUGAGUACAUUGUAAGGCAUUCCAAGGAAGUAAUGAUAAUUCUCGACGGCUAUGAUGAGUAUUCUCAGAAAACCAGUAUCGCUGGAAACUCAGAAGGACGGCAUCCCAAUGACGUUAGCCGCACUGUGUUCUAAACUCAUCAAUGGAAAAAUCCUGCAAGGGGCUAUCGUCAUCAGAUUACCUCGCGACCUGAUGAAUCGGACAAGAUGGGAGGAAUCCGUUAUAAACGGUGUGUGGAAAUUGCUGGUUUUUCGGCAGAACAAGUCAAAGAGUACAUAAAGAAAUACUUCAAGAAAAACGAAAAUAUGAAGAACGCUGUACUUAAACAUGUCAUGAACAAUGAGAAUCUUGUCAGUUUUGCUCAUAUUCCUAUGCUCUGUUAUGUUAUGGAGUAUACCCUAACCGAAUCAGAAAAUUCUGAUGACCUUCCUGUCUCAAUAACCGACAUUUAUACCAAACUUGUUGAUAUUUUUUAACUCAAGCACUGCGCCGAGUCAGAAUACAGACAAAAAGAAAUUCCUGAGAAGUUCAAGCCCCCUCCUGUCAUCAAGAACACUUUGGAGAAAUUAUCAAAAUUAGCGGCUAAACUGCUGGUUGAAAGAAAGCCAACUUUUGAUGAAAGCGAGAUGGAGCGCGAUUUUGAACUGGAAGAAGUCAACAAACUGAAAGGUAGCGGUCUUCUUUACUGUAGUCAGCCUUUCAGAACCGAAUUGAUUACAACCACGAAGCACUUUAGCUUCACACAUCUGACCGUCCAAGAAUUCUUGGCCGCUCGUUGGUUUGUAAGGGAAAAUCCUGUUCCCGAUGCAAAAUGCUCUGAAAUGGUUUACCAAUUCAUGGCUGGCCUUUUCUCACGUGACGCAAACGAGGAAAUGAUGGAAAAAUUGAUAGAUUCACCCUUUAUGCCUCCUUAUCUUAGAAUGAGGUGUCUUAAUGAGUAUCGAAACAAAGAAUUCGCUAAACAGUUCUUGAGGGAGAAUUCCCGAGCGUUUUGUAAUUCACACGGUGAUCAGUGAUACCAGUGUUGCCUGUCUAUGUAAAGCUUUACAGCAUCUAAACUGUACGCUAACCACUCUACGUAUGCAACAUUGUGAGAUCACUAAUAUCGGUGUUGCCAGUCUAUGUGAAGCUUUGCAGCAUCCGAGCUGUAAGCUAACCACACUAGAUCUGGAGGAUACUGACAUCACUGAUAUCGGUGUUGCCAGUCUAUGUGAAGCUUUACAGCAUCCGAGCUGUAAGCUAACCACACUAGAACUUCCUCUGUCAGUUUAUGAUGAUGAGAUGGCAGCUAGUCUUGAAGCUAUAAUUCGGAGACACCGACCAGCUUUAAAGCUGUCUUUUCAUUAGUUUCAUUAACUUUAAUAGUUUCAUUACUUUUUAGUAGAUUUUUAUAUUUAAAUGAAAUCAGUAGUUCCAAGUGAAAUCUUAAUUUGGGUCAAAGAUACCAGGUAGGCAAAGUACUUUUAAUCAUUGGAGUGACAUGCUACGCUCAAUGUAAAUAAAACCGCAAAGAUUUUGUAAUAAAGGUUUUUUUUAUUGGCGACAUUGUUUACUGUACUUGGUUUGUGGGUGUAGACUACUCAAGAGUUGUAACAAGUAAGACUUGGGGUCGGGGAAGGGUUGGGAGGGUAAUCUUCUGUGAGGUUACCAUGCGUCAAAGGAAUCUAUCUUACAGGAACGUUUAGUUGAAGCUUCUCGAGGUAAGGACAAAGAGGAAAACAUCUUCCCGUUCACCUGAUUAUGAUUUCAUUUUGAUGAAAUUACGCCCCCCUGAGUACUGCAAAGAAAAGACAGUUUUCUUUUUCUUAUUUUCAGUAAGUAACAAAUUUUUGUUUUAACUGUCCGCCAUUACACUGUAUCAGUCAUUAUAAAAAUGAGUCAUCCUCGUUUAAGUUGUCCAGCUUUGUUAGGUUAAGUUCCAGACGAAUUACUUGUAGAGACCUCAAUUGGGGUUACCGUUUAACACUGGUUGAGCAAGAAACUCACAAUUUAUCGGAAGACGUGACUUAAAUUAUCGCUCAUUUUUGUCUACUGUUGCCACUCAUUUUUUCGCAACAACAGCGAACAAUGUUUCGUUCCCUUUUUGCAAUCAAGUCUUACAAGUACACAAGGGCCGAACCGCUUUUUCACGUCGUCUUUCUCCAUGGUUUUUCGGCCUUACGAUUACGCACGCAGGGCCGGACUGGUCCUAUAAUAAAUUUUACCGCAACUUGCAGGAAUGCCGUUGUCGAUAAGAGCACAGUCACGAACUCUAGUCACGCACUGGAAGAAUCGUUUUAUUCAACGUCAAUAUUGUGGUAACAAAUAUGUCGAAAGUGGUUUGGCGUGGUCAGUCCUCUAAUCGACAACGAUAUUUGUUAGAUCUUGUUAUCACUUUGCUCAAACUUUGUUGCGAACUCACGAGGCGCAGCCAAGUAAGUCCACAAGAUUUUGACCACUGUGAUGACGAAUAUCGUUGUAGAUAAGAGUACAGACCAAGAUAGUUGAUUUAUUAAAUUGAAUAUGGCUGAUGAAUUUGUUGCGACUCUUGUGGGAGUAACUGUUCAAUUAUAUUUCUUGAAAUUUCAGGGUCAUUGGCUUUUAGUUAAAUCCGGUACCAUGUAUUCUGUGCAGUAUAUCCACGAGUUCAUCAUAGUGUCACUUUGAUCUAUCUUUUGGUGAUCUGUAUUUACACGUAGGAGACGUAGUCACAAGUAAAACUAUUCUUGAUUCAAAUUAUGGUUUUCUGUUUUUUACAAGAACCAAAUUGAACCGCGCACUCCACGGGUAUUGGGCCUGGUUACUCAGCUGUUUUUAAAAAUGGCGGCGCGUAAAGUCGUAUCUUAAAAGUCGUAUCAUAGAAGUCGUAUCAUAAAGCCAAUGAAGGGAGGGUUACUCUUGGGAACGCUAAUAAAUAAAAAUUGAAGUUUCUAGUAAAAAUUUUAAAAUGUACAUUUUGAUAUGGCACGUGGUAUGUGUUUGGAGCCGGCUUCCUUUUUUUUCCACAAAACUGGUCAACAGCAGUAGUCAUUAUCUGGUCAUGCGCAAACUCCUUUCACGUGCGCCUGGUAGAAAUUACUUUGAAAGAUUUCCUGAGAUAUACGGACUAUGAUGUUUUAGCUCGAAAAAUGGGUUUAGCGACACUGUUGAUCCAGCGAUCUGGACUUCGUCUUCUUUCUCGUAAUGUAAGAUUUGCAACCUUGGUGUUUAGACCAUAAUUUAAGUUUUUGAUAAUUUUUACUAAACGAGAAUCCUCAGCCACGAAGAAGUGAAAAGCUUACAUAAUCGUACAUCUUUCUCAAACAGUUAGGACUAUCGUAUCAGUUGUGAUUUGUUAAAAUCAGAAAGUUAUAGAAGUUAUAGAACGAGAGAAUAAAAAAUCAAAACAGUAAUAUGAUUUUAAACUGAUUAUUUUCGUAUUUUGAUUAAUAUGGGAAAUAAUGAAUCCAGAUUGAGUUCAAUAUGAUAUUAGUGAGUACAAGUUGCUCGUAUUUGUUUCCUUUGGUUAGUAAUUAAUCCUGAAUCUUACGAACGAAUGCUUUUAUUUCGUAGGUGAAGGCUCGAUUUUUUGCCUCUGAAGCAACGGUUAGUGCUCAACUUUCUCACGGAGAUUGACAGUUUUUGACUUCAUUUUCACCGGGGUUAAAAAUGUAUAUAUUUUAUUUAUUGUUUUACAAGGAACAGUCUUUCAAAACUGUCGGUGAAAAUGUUCCUUUGAGUUCAACAGUCAAUGGUAACUUUCACAGGCUGUUCAUUAACCCUCUGACACCCAGAAGUGAUUAACAUGUCACUUCUCCCAAUAAUAUCCAUCCAUUCUCCAGCAAACAGUUAAUGAGAAUACUCAAACUUAUCUGGUAUCUUGAUCAAACACCAAGUUCUUAUUACUAAAGUAAAGUAAUGUUGAUUUUCCCCCAAAAUUUCUCUUGCAAACCUACUGAUUGUUUAGAAAUGCCAAGCAACUCCAAAAAUUAUUGUGGUGUUUAAGAGGACAAAUUUUUUAAGCAUUUACUUAGAUCCUAUGAAAUCGCUAGGUGAGAAAUGUUUCAGAGUUGUUGAAAACCUUCCAAUUUUAUAGUAUACAUCUGCUCUGAUAAUUUGUGUUCUGUAGUAAAAAUCCAAAUUAAUUUUUGGAAUUACUUAAUUAAUAUUUAUAAACUAAUAUUUGAUACUCUAAAGUAUAAUCUUUCAGUAGAAAUUCUGUGAAAAUAUUUGACUACCUAGCAUUUAAACACAGCCUUGUCUUUUAUUCCCAAUGAAUGAUAUUCUCCUGUUACUUUACCCUAUUUCCAGCUACUACUAACAUUAAUUAGUGAAAACUUAAAUUUUUUCCUCAGUGUUCAUUCAUGAAUACAGGCCCUUGAAAUUGGGGAAUUUUUUAUUACUAGAUGCCUUGCGUAUUUUCGAAACAUUUCUUUUCUACGAUCAGCAGUAAUGUUGCAAUUUGAUUGGCCAAUUUGCUGUUGUUGAUAAGAGCACGAGCAGCGCUGCUUGCAUCAACUGGUCAUGCAAUACCUUUAUCACUGAAAGAAUCAUUUUGUUUGACAUCGUUAUUGUGGUAAAAAAGGAAUUGACAGGGGUUUAGCAUGGUCUCUAUACAAUGAUGUUCAUCAUCACAUUGCUCAAAAGUUUUUGCUGAUUCACCUUGCUGGGCCGCAUGAGUCUGUAGCAAAUUUUGACCUCUGUGAUAAUGAAUAUCAUUGUCGAUAAGACUACAGAUCAUGCUAAACCACUUUCAAUUUGUGAAUUGGGCAUAGCUGUGUACAUUGGGCAUACAUGUAACAUUGUCUCCUUUUUUUGACAGAAGGAUGUGUCAAAAAUCAGAAAUAUUGGUAUAUCUGCCCAUAUUGACUCUGGAAAAACCACACUCACAGAGAGACUUUUGUUUUAUACUGGAAGAAUCAGUCAAAUGCAUGAGGUGAGAACAAUGGACUUUGAUUUGCCUUUAGAAAUGCUUUCAACAUUACCAAUCCUACUUUGCAGGAUGCAUCUCACAUGUGGACCUUGUAACAAUUGAGCUCACAGCAAAGUCUCUGUGACUCAGUAGUAGAUCAUCAAAGUGGUGAAUCUGAAGGUCUGAGAUUCUAUUCCUCACAAGGAUUCUAAAUUUUUUUUUAGUGCCAUGCUCAUGACUAGAGGAAAAAAAAUCUUUCACUAAUUGACUUUGAUGUUUGUUUUAACAGUUCAAAGUGUAAUUUCCAUGGGUUUUGCAUGAUUAUACAAAUAAUGAUUUUUGCCCUGUGGUUUCCUGUUGAAAUCUUUACUGCAGUUCUUUUUCCUAAGUGUGUGUUAUGGAUCAAAAUUUACUUGAAGUUUAAGUGAUAUCAAACUUCUGUAGGUUGAUAGGAGUUCUGACAAGACCAAAAAAAAUUUUUUCACUAAUGGAUUUUGAUACACAUUGUAACAGUUCAAAGCCAAUUUCCCAUGGGUUUUGAGUGAUUAUACAAAUAGUGAUUUUUGCCCUGUCUCAACAUGUGUUGUGGAUUGAAAUUUACUAAAAGUUCAAGAGGUGUCAAACUUCCAUAGGUUGAAGAGAGUUCUGAUAAUAUCUCUGAAACAAAGACUUUGUUAAUAUCAAGUUGAUGUACAGUUUAAACCACAGCUUCUGCAAUCAAUUAUUUCUAAAUAGCAAAGGUUUGACAACUUGCAGUAAUAAUAUUUGAUUGUGUUGUCUGAUUGUCCGGGUUAGAGUAGGCCUGGAAAGGACUGCUGUCGGCAGUAAAGACUGAUGAUUUGACAACCUUGGUGGAAGUCACCUCUUGUUUCAAAUGAUUAUGACUUUAUGACUUCCACUUGUUAUGGAUAGUGACUGUAGAAAUAAGUAUCUAGACAUUUUCUGGUAAGAAUGUUUUGUCAUGCUGAGAAGCAUUCCAUGGAACAUAACAGAACAUUUCAUUAGGUCAUGCAGUCAUGAUGUAAUACCAGUCCACUGAGAUAGUCGUGUUGUAAGUUUCUGGAAUGUUCUAGAAUACUUUGUAAAUGUCUAUAAGGACUCAGUUGUGUAGUAGUAGUUGUUGUUGUCAGAAGUGAAUGACUGCUUGGAAAGCUUUACACAGAGUGAGAGGGCUAUUGUGAAGAUUGUUUAAUUCAAGGAACUUUGGAGAAAACUGUGAGUUUGUGUCAGUGGUGAGGCAAGACAUAGAAUGUUGUGGGCUUAAGUAAGUUUAUUGAGGAUAAUUACUGUAUUUCCUGUUGGACUUGCUCUGCAUCAAAAAUAUUAAAAGUUGUGUAAUAAAGUAGUGAAGUCUUAAGGUGUAUAGCAUUCUUUCUGUUUGUUAGAUUAUAUUGUAACACACUGGUAUUGUUAAAACUUGAGUCACUUCUACCAACAACAGUCCUUCAGGGAACCACUCUCACCAGUAUGAUCAGACUUCUUAUGACAAACAAAUGUGAAGAUACAAGAUACAUAAUCUCACUGUAGCUCCAAAGCAUUAAUACAGUAAAUCUCAGGUUUUUUUUAAUACUUUAUUGAUGAGAAACAAAUUCUUCGCCCAAGAAAGAUGUGUUGAUAUAUCCAUGCAUUAGAUUUGGUUGUUUGGUAUUCAUCCUUAUUUUCUAACCAGGUGCGAGGUAAGGACAAUGUAGGAGCCACUAUGGAUUCCAUGGAUCUGGAACGACAGCGAGGAAUAACCAUACAGGUUGGUAUUAAGUAACAAUAUUAUGAUUUAUUUAAUAAACUACAGUUCAAAUGUAUGACAUUCAUGAAUAUAUAUUCACAGUCAUUUACUCAUCACUUUAUGGGUUUAUUACAAACCAACAAAAUGACCAGCUCCCAGUUGGCUUGUUAGUUCAGUUGGUAGAGCAGUGCACUUGUAUUGCAGAGGUCAUGGGUUCAAAUGUACAGGCGUGAAUUUUUUCAGGCAUUAUUUUGCUGCUGCUUAAAUAGUGCUCAUAAUUGUGACUUCAAAUUUAAGAUAUUCAUAUACACCGUAUGUAACAAACCACAGUUGAAUUGGAGCCUGGUUAGUGGCUAGAGAGAUCCGUCUUUAAUCUUUUUACAACUCCCACGAAUUCAACCUCAUUUGAUUUGCUAUAGGAAUAUAUAAUUUGGAGAUUGUAUACAUGGUUACCAUAACAACAUUGCUACAUUUUUUGCUGUAUGUUCACAGGGCAUAGUGAAGAUGGUAUGUGGUAAAUACAACAGAAAUUAUGGUGUUUCAAUAUUAUCUGCAUGAUGAAAUAAAAUUCUUUAUAUAUUUCAAGAAGAUUCAACUCUUUGUAUAUAUGUCUUUUUAGUCUGCAUCAACAUAUGUCAACUGGAAAGAUACAAACAUCAAUAUUACUGACACACCAGGUGAGGCUAUCAACCAUUUGCAAGUCUGUGCAAUAUGUUUUUGAGUGGUGGUCCAUUCUCAGGAUGUGACCCGCAUUGGAAAGUGAGAAAGCAGCAAAUUUUAUAAUCAGUAGCACAGAAUAUUGUAAGUUGUUGGUGAGAUGUCUGCGGGAAUAAGAAUUAUGAAAUGAAAAAAAAUGAAAACAUAACAGAGAGUAUAAAACUUAGUACAAUGUUCUUUCUACUUUUAAUGUAAUUAUGCUGUAAUAGCUACCGGAAGAAUCUGAGAAUUCUAAGUAACAUUCACUAGGUGCUACUACACCGUAAGCUAAAACUGUUACAUGAAAGUGUCAUCCUUUUGAUUUUCAGGCAAGUGUUGGGUAUAUUUGCAGAUCCUAGAGGCUAUAUGCUGUACCAUCCUUAUAAAGCUAAAACAUUUGGUUUAUCAAGUAGCCAUGAUAAAAAAGAUGGUAGAUGCCGACAGAGACCAAAGAAUUGGUCACUCUCAUGUUGGAGAAGUCUGUCAUUGAACACAAUAACCAAAAGGGUAAAUUACUAAUGGUUCUGUUUGUUUUCUUAAACAGAGCCAGACAUUAACAGUAAAUCGUCAAAUGAAGCGUUACAAUGUACCCUGUAUUGCCUUUAUCAAUAAACUGGACAGGUAACUUAUUAAGGAAUCUAUUUUUUUAUUGGAAAUUUUGGUUUUCUGUAAAUCCCAGCCUAUAAAAAAAAGUGCACUUGAAGUUCCUACCUGCAAAAAUUAAAGGAAACAUCUUUCCCCACAAAUUACAUUUACCCACCAUAAAUAAGUAAAGUUAAUUGUAGCUUUUCAAGUAAGGCUAAACAGUUUUGUAAAUUUAACUUAGAACAUCAAGCUGUUAGACUGUAAGUAAACAAUGUUAGUAUAGUAUUUAGAUUUUGAACGGAAAAAGUGCCUUUCCUUCAUGCUUUUUUACAGAUGAGUGAUCAGGUUUUCUAAAAUUGUUUAGUGUGCAAUUUGUAGUUUGAGCACUUAUUUUCAAUUUGAAUCUGUGUUGGAAAAACAACUACAAUCCAAGCAUGGUCCAAUUGUUAAAAAUUGUUUUGAUCAUAGAUUAUCAGUACCAAGUUGUAUUGUUAACACCCAAAUUCUCCAAGAAAAGAUUAUAUCUGGCCAAUACAUGUAUUUGAAAAACAAGUGAAACCCCUCGGUUUUCCUUCUUUUAAGAGGUACCUCCAUCUUGUCCUAAAUUUCAAAUAAAAUGCACUGGGGCUGGGAUUGAAUGGCUGCACUUUUGGUUCUUGAAGUCUUGCAUUUUGAUCCAUGUAUGGACCUUACCGUGAAGUGCAACAUUGUCUGUGGCAGCCAAAACAAUAAGAAUCAAAUUAGCUACUCAUAUGCAUUUGGGAGGUCUCUGAAAGUCCCUUCCUUGUGAUUUUCUUGGUAGAAUACACUUUACACUUUGAAUGAUAUGAAAGUGCAAAAUUGAUGUCUAUUUUUCUUCUUUUUUUUCAGAAUAGGAGCAAAUCCAACCAAAGUUUUAAGUCAAAUUAGGUAAAAAUGGUCACAGUGUUUGUUGUUUGAUUUUUUGUUGAUUUACAUUAAAGAGGAGCAUGUGACAAGUAUAGCAUCUUGAUUUUCAAAAUAUUGCUAAUGCUCUUCAUUGUAUUUACAUAAAGAUAUCACAUUUGGGUAGGAACAGUACAUUAUAUUCUUCACAAACUAAUGGUCUGGCCAAACUUUUAUCUUAAUUGAGAUAUUGCAAUGUGUAGCCCCCAAAAAAAAAAAAAAAAAAAAAAAAAAAAAAUUUUGAGAGUGAUUGAAAUGAUAAGGUGAACGGAAUGAAUGAUGGAGGGAAAGAAUGUGGAACAUUGUUUUGGUCAUAAAAAAGUUAAAACCCCAUUGUAAAGAAGGAACAAAGUAAAAUUUCUGUGAAUACAAAAAAUGAGAAACAGAACAAUAUGUGUGCAAAAAAUGACCUGAACAGUGUGGCAUUAAACAUGUCAACUGUGAGGCCACAAUUUGAAUUCCUACGACCAUGGAUUGGAUGACACUGAGAUUUGCGAGAGGUGACAAGAACAAUGGAAAAGAUCACCCAUUACACUUGAGAAGAUGCUUGUUGCAUUUUCAUCUGUUUUUUUUAAACUAUAUAAUUUGUAUGCUAAUUUUGAUUAUUUCAUUAGAACUUGAAAAUGACCUUGGAAUGUGGAAAUAAUGCUUGUUUUUAUCGCUGAUUUUUACUACACAAUCUAUAUCAAAAGAAAAUUAAAAAACUGAAAAAAUUCUUUUCCCUAGAGCAAAGUUACAACACACUGCAGCCUUCACCCAGUUGCCAAUUGGUUUGGAAUCUGAGGUAAAAGGAGUCAUUGACCUUGUGCUGGAAGGCUUAUUACUUGGGGAAAUCAUGGGUAAGAUUAUUCAUAAUGUCAUGACUUUUAUUUUAUUUUUAUUUAGCUGUUUAGCCAAUCACAAGGCUAGAAAUCCAAUAACUCUGCUCCAGUGAUUAUUAAGACACCAUAACUUUGAGCUAAAAAAGUCUCCCAAAAAAUUAAAUUAGGGUAAUUGGCUCUGUCAUUGUUAUACAACUACUGCUGAUUUAAAUUAUUACCGAACAGGUCUGAAGUGGUAGAAGGUGUGAUCCCUGAAGACAUGGUCAAUGAGUGUACAACAAGAAGACAGGAGCUGAUAGGUACAUAUAACAUUUGAGUUUUUUUUUUUUUUCCAAAUGUUUCGUUUGAGUUAUGAUAAUGACCAAUCAGAACAAAGGAAAAUAUCCUAGGGAGCCAAUGGGAACUCAACGUGAAAUGAAGUAAAAUUAAGUGUUGGAAAAUGCCAGUCAUCAAGUCCUGAUUGUUUCAAGUUUUGAACUUGAUUGGAUCAGAGCUCAAGAGAAAGGGGAAAAUUUUCUGGACCAAUCUCCCAUCAAAUAUCAAUACAACAUCAAGCAAACAAGAGAUGAGAAUAAAGAAAAAUAUCAAUUAGGAGAUUAUUUGUUGAUCUAAUACCAAAUUCUUUAAUCGUAAGAAUUGUCCAUCAUAAGAAUUGUAUGGCAGACAGUAACAAGAAUUACUUAUUAGAUUUUUCAGUCAGAGUGUUAAAGUGCUUAACCCUUUAACUCCCAGAUCAAAUUUGUAAUUCUCCUUACUGUCAACUAUGCAAUUCCUAUAAUGUUAGUUCAGAGAAUUUAGUCUUGGAUCAACUAAGUAUCCCCAAAUUACCGUCUGUUAAGUGCUGUGGUUUGUAAUCAUUAGAAACUGUGGCUAAUGUGGAUGACACUCUUGCGGAGAUGUUUCUGGAAGAAAUACCACCAACAGAGGAACAAUUAAUUGUAGGUAUUUUGAAAAUGUUAGGGCUGAUCUGUGGAUGGAUGGAUUGAGCUGUAUAUUCGACAGAUUUCCUCUCUCUAUAUUGGGCUGAAUUACAUACGCAUUUUGAGUGGUUCAUGCCCAUGAUAUAUGGGAGAACAGACGUACAGAUUAUAUCACCAUCAACGACAUUUUGCUUUUUAAUCAUUGGCAACCCUUAAUUGGCAACCCUUAAGAAUUUCAAAGCUGACGUUUCCAGCGUCAGCCCUUCGUCUGAGCGAAUGACGAAAUGCUAACGCUCGAAACGUCGGCUUUGAAACUCUUAACGGUGGCCAAUUUGCGUUAUCAACUAUUUUCAACAAUUGAUAAUACCAAAUUACCUUGUUAUACUCUCCCAGCAACGCAGCACCACAGUUUCUUUCGAAACGUACCCCUUGAGUCUAUGUUGCAGUGGGUUUGAAUUGUAAGGAAUCGCAGAAUGAAGAAAAGCCGGCGGGCUCCCCCUCCCCGUCCCCUUAGCUCAAGGUCUGGAUCCUCCACUGAUGUAACUGCAGCUGAGUAAGGCUUGAUAAUACUGUAAGGUUGCUUUUAACUCACACAACAAGAACUCCAUCCAAAAUUCACCCAAAGAAAUGUUUAUUGUUUUAGGCUGCUAUUCGCCGAGCGACCAUAAAGAGAUGCUUCACUCCAGUUUUUGUUGGGUCUGCGCUGAAGAACAAGGGGGUCCAGGUCAGUGUCUGCUAUAUAAAUGGUUGAAAAAAGAAUGGAACAUUCCUUUUUUUUUCUUUUUUUUUUUUUUUAAACAAGAAGAUUCGUCAGAGAAUAACUGUAGUUGCUGGCGAAGAUUAUUGAACCCCAGUCAGAUCAACUUAUUUUUAACCAGAUGCGUGCUCCACCUCAAAGCCACAGAAGACUUGAUCGAUACGAUGCAUAGAUAAGGCCGAGUAGGAUGAAUGUCGUAACUAGAAAGAGAAACAACAAUGGUUUAACAUAACAAAAGAAACGAAAACAAACAAAAUUUUUUUAUUUUGGCAAUAUUUUAGCAAAAUACAUAAUAAACAAUCCCUACCUGCAAAAUAGCGAAGCUAAUCGAGGCGGGAGGGAAACACACACAAAAAUAAAUUCUUCAAUAACAAGUUUGAAUUAACAAAGGAAAUGACAAGGAGAGCUUGCACAUACACGAACAAUGAAAAAUAGUUCGCCAUAAUUUACAGAUAAGCCAAUUGGGCAUUACACAUUACAACUGGAAUAAAAUUACACGCGGAAAAAAACAACAACAACAACAUCCACGAGAAAUGAAACUGGAAAGAUUGUAAUUUCCUAAAUUUAUCAAUUAAGGUAUAAACAUCAACUAAGUAUCCUCUCGCAUCCAAAUGUUCAGCAGCUGUCCAUGCAAUAGUCUUUUAAAUUUAUACAUAGAUAGAGAACGAAGACAGGUGGGAAUGCUACUCCAGAUCCCUGCAUCCAGUCCUGAAAAAUAAAUUUUCAUACGCUCUGUUUUCGCGUGGUUAAGAUAGAGCCUGCCAGCCGUUGAGGACCUUGUAAAAUAGUAGUGUUUUUCUGAAGAAUAAAUAAGUAAUUCUGAAUUGUUAGGAGGCGUUAGGUUGUAGACAAAAUCAUGCAUAAAAGAGCAGAUUGUUUUUAAAUAGAUCAUAUGAAGAAGAAGUAUACGAGUGGACAUUUUGCUCAUCGCUUCUAUUUUUCUUCGCCCCGACGAGGCUUCGAAAAAGACAACGCAACUCGCAAAAUAUUAUAUGUAUUAUAUGCUAAACCAUCUAGUAGGGUGAAUGUAUUGGACACGCCAACAGGUCUCACUGCAUUAAAAAUGUUUUUCUGUCCAUCAGCCUCUCCUUGAUGGUGUUGUGGAUUACCUGCCUGAACCUUUUGAGGUGACAAAUUUUGCCUUGGAUGCUGAAAAGUAAGAAGUCAAAUUUCUUUGCUCCGUUACAAAUAUAAUUUUUAGGUGUAGUUAAUGUAUACAACAUGAUACUUGUCUGGAAAUUUAGGACAGCUGCGUUUCGAAAUAAUUAUUAUUUUAAAGACCCGUGUGCUUAUUAAAGAGAUGUUUCAUUUACUGUAACAAGAUUAUUUUAUGUCUCUGCAAAUUCAAAGGAAUUUAGAGUAAGGGUUAAUUUCACAGAUCAGGAAAACAGAAAAUAAUUUAGAUGAAAGCAUUAUUGGUACAUAAUAGAUUGGAUUUAGCGAUGGAUAUUUACGUGAUUUUCUCUUGUUGGUAGUUUCCAAGUUGAAUUGGAAUUCGAAGUUUUAGUUUUUGUGAAAGCCAGAGAUAUUUGAGAGAAACUAUCAGAUCACGAACAACAACCAACAACUGCCUUGAAGAAAUAUAAAUAUGUUUCCCCAUUAAUCUCUGUUAUGACAAGAGGAUUUGGUUUUCUCAACUUGAGUUAAGUUUGUAAUGUAAAUUGGUCACCGUGGAGAGAUUCUAAAGCUGACAUUUCCAGCGUUUGCCCUUUGUCAGAGCGAAGGGUCAAUGAACUCCGUUGAUGAAACCAAAUCAGUAUCUUGUAAUACCUAAAGGGGGUAAGUUUCUAAAUAAACUGUGGUGCUGUGUCGAUGGGAGAGUAUAACAGGAGAUUGUAACUGACGUUUCGAGUCCUUCGUCAGAGCGAAUGGUGAAGAGCUAACGCUCGAAACGUCAGCUUUGAAACUCUUAACGGUGGCCAAUUUACGUUAUCGUUGAUAAUACUAAAUUACCCUAUCUUGUAAUAGCCCUCGCUAAUGCAGCACCACAGUUUCAUUAGAAACUUACCCCCUUUAUUCAUUAAUCUCAGUUAUAAACAAGCUUACAACACAAAGCAUGAAAUUGUUAUUGUCUAAGUGGAUUUUUUAUCGUAGUGCUGGAGAACAAGUGGAGAUGAGCAGUGAAAGGAGUUCUUCUCAUCCCUUCGUGGGUCUGGCUUUCAAGCUCGAGGUGAGGUGUUAAAUAAAGAGUUUUGUAUGUAAACCACUUCUAUGGAAUAAAUAACUGACUGCUUGCAGCGCAUGCGUCUUAUUAGGGCGGGUAACAAGCACGUUAGAGUUAGAGCAGAAGGUGGGGAGACUGGGAAAUUUCUAUUGCCCCAUUCCCUCCCCUCUCCUUUCCUUUGACCGUCACUCACCCCCUUGGUACUAAUUUCUCUCUCUCCCCAGCCUUCCGCUGCCGUGAAAAUUAAAGAUGGCAGCUACAAUUUUCACCGAGAAAGCACUCGCUCGCCAAAAUUAGGCUUGCUCUGCAGGCUAAUGAUGAGAGGUAAUUUCUGCAAGUUCGAGCAAGCGCUCUUUGAUCUCACUACUCAGAUAAUUUUGGCGCUCUUAGUUUUCUGAGUCUCACGGUCACUGCAAGGUGUUAAAAGAUUACGGGACUUACUGCAACGAAAGCCAAGUAUGCUGAAUUGUCGAGCCCUUUUCACCGAAGUUUCAUUACGUUUUCGUCUGUUUGAUUUCCUUACAGGCCGGAAGGUACGGUCAGCUGACUUACCUCAGAGUGUACCAAGGCUUGUUAAAGCGAGGGGCUUAUAUUGUAAAUACUCGGACCGGGAAACGUCUUAAGGUGCCAAGGAUCGUCCGAAUGCAUUCGGACACUAUGGAGGUAACCGAAAAAUACGACGAUAUGAAAAUCUUAUCGUCGUUUUUGUAUCCUAACGAUGCAAUCAAGGAAAAGAGGCUGACUAACUCUGAUUAACCUUAACAUCAGUAUGCAUAUUCUCCAUACUGGUCUCUAUACAUUUCUUAACGUGCUGGUAAGGAGAAUUGGUUUAACAAUCAAGAGGUUCUUUGUUUAAUUAUCAUUUUUUUUUAUUCUCAUGACCUUAAUGUUUGAUUCAUGGGUGAUAUUGAAAGGAGAAAUUAGAUGCUGGUCACUGUCAGGAAUUAAAGGGUUAACAGGAUGGAUCAAUGUCAGUGUCUGAGGAACUGCGCACCUAUUCCUCCCCUAACCCAACAACAGUCAACUGACGACAAGUUGGGCUAGGGGAGGGGUAUACAUUGCUCAAGUUCUCGUAAAUUCUCGCCAAUUAAAUCACCUUUAAACCAUAAUGCCUAAAGCGAUGAUAAUGUUGGGCCUGUUCACAGUCUAAUGGAGCUCAUAUUUUAGUAGCCCACAAUUUUUUUAACGACUAUUAAUAUUACUCCUUCGUAGGAUGUUCAAGAGGCUGGUGCUGGCGAUAUAUGUGCCUUAUUUGGAGUGGAAUGUGCAUCUGGGGACACUUUUACUGUAGAAGGAGCCAAAUCACUCUCUAUGGUAAGGGCCAUUCACUACGGGUACGUGGGGGGGGGGGGGGGGGAAGUCAGUUGUGGCUGACAGAGUUAUGACUAUUGAAUGUUAACUGCCAAUAAGGGGGGGUAUUAGAGGAACAUUACGGAGUCUUAGGUGGAUCAGGUAAACAUAAUCUUCCGACCCCUUUCCCCCCCCUCCCCGCCCCCCCCCAAGUGGCAAUUAACGCUAAAAAUGCUAAUCCUUACUCCCUAAUUCAUAAAAUUUUUGGUAUGGUCUAAUUCCUAAUUCCUUUUUAGAGUAAACAAGUACCCCUUCCUCUUAGCUUUUUGCUCCCAACUUUGUAAUUUAGUCGGUAAUUGCGUCAAAUUGGCUUCUGCGUGGCUUCUGCGGUAAUUGCGUGAGACUGGCUUCAGAGUUAAACCGGUCGAAACCCGAAUUCUUGUUUUUUCUUUCAUCGUAUUUUUAAUUGAAACAUUCCUUUUAGGACCAGCUAGUGUCUCGGCAUGUGUCAUUCACAAUUCAAAUUUAACUUAUUUCAUCAAUCAUGCCCUUGUUUUUACAAUAAUUCCUCAAACUUAAGAGUUAGUGAGCGAGUGGUUACGUUUCAUUAUUCUUCACAUGUAUUUGCGAGCUUAAGACUGAAAAAAAUUGCACUUUGCUCGCUUCUAUCACGUUGUUUUGUUGGUUGUUCAAAGUGCGUGGGACUGUCAAUCAAUAAAGUUUAUACUCUUCUUUACAAGUAUCCCAGACUGUCCUUAUGAAGAAAAUGCCUCGAAAAACUCCAAUUGUAAAGAGUUAAUAUUUUGCUGCUUUAAUACCUCACACUACACACCACCCUUCCCCUGUCUCUUUGCAAAAUAUAUAAGAUUCAAGGCAAAAAUAUGAUGAUCGCAACUAUUGAAUUUCAGAUGCUGUAACGCGGUUAUGGGAAACAAAAAUAUUAUUUCAUGCUUUUUGUUGCGGGAACCAAUUUUGUUCCGGAUCCAGUUAUUUCGCUCGCUGUGAGGCAAAGAACAAGGUGAAAACUAAUCGUGUGAAAGUCUUUAUUAUCGUAAAUUGUAUGUUACUGUACACCCUUCUGAAGUAACUGGCUUAGCACUGAGUUCUCUUUUUUAGCUUGCGAGCGGAACAAAAUAUGAGCGUUACGGUAAACGCGUUUUUGCCGCCCUCUGAGGAGUCUGGCACUAAUGAUCAGUGCUAGAACCCUUAAAAACCUCUCGCGGGCUCGCAUCGCUCUAGACCUCAUUCUUUCGUGCGGGUGAAGGAACCCCCGUGUUGAAGCGCUUUUAAUGAAGGCCCUGUUCUUGGGACAAGGAAGGUAAUUUAUUAUUAUCAUCUAUAACUUAAAUUCGCUACCGUAAAAGUUCAAACCCUGACGCGUUUCCAGCGUUAGCCCUUCGUCAGGCAUUGGGGCCUAACGCUCAAAAUGUCAGCUUUCAAACUCUCUACGUUGGCCAAUUUACGUUAUCAACUCAGUUGAUAAGAGCAAAUUACCUUGUUAUACUCUCCACCGACGCAGCACCACAGUUUCUUGGCUUUUACCCCCUUUCUCAGGAUGGGGAUCUUAUUUUUGGGUUAUUUUUGUUGCGCUCUUGGGCAAGACAAUUUAAUCUCAAAACACUCUCAGAAUAUAAUUUGGUUUUGGAAUCAUGAAAGCAUGUGAGACAUUCUUAAGUCUCUUCGUGCCACAUAAGUCGUGAACAUACCUGCCUUGAAAAAUCUCUAAUGCUAUAGAGGUAAACGAUUUAUCAACCAUUUGAUUCGACUUGUUUCUCUUUAGAAUGAUUUAGCUCAGUUCUCCAAAGCUCUUAGUCCGAUUCUCUCGUGAAGACCCAACAUUUAGAGUGAGUUUCGACGAUGAAAGCAAGGAGGAGGUAAGGAAACUUUGCGAAAAAUAAAUUUGUAUUCAAAACUCUUGAAAUUUCACCUCUCUCCCGUGUUCUUCUGUUAGCGAGGCUUGUUUUAACUAUCGAAAUUUAGUACAAGUGCUUCCUGUCAAUGGGUAAGUCGCAGAACAAUACUUUUCCCAAUGAGGGUUAAUCCUUUUAGUGAUGUUUGUUUUCUCAUCUUUGUCAGACUAUCAUUUCUGGAAUGGGAGAGCUUCAUUUGGACAUAUACACCGAGGUGAGGGCGGCAUUAUGAACAUGUGAAAUAUGGGCGAUAGUUAAUUCUACGCCAGAGGUGUCAUAACGCUUUCUGCGCGCGACUAAUUAACAACUGUUUCCCUCAGAGUCGGUGGCUAGGGAUGGAUUUUUAUCAAGCCGUGACACUGGGGUAAAUAGUUGUUUUAGCAUGUACUAAAACAGUGAGAUAGUAUAGCACUAAAAGAUGAUUUAACUCGUUGUUUCCUGUGACGAGUAUAAUAUUUUAGAGCAGGAGCUGCUCAGAGGUGACUAGAAAGGAUAUCUGGAAUUUGAGUAGCCAAUCAGAGCGCGCCUUCAACGCUAUCAACUAAUACUUGCUUUUAUUUCUGUUAACCUUUGAAUAGUCCAUUUUACAGUUGUGUGCUUGGUUGCCAAGCCUUUGAACAGGAAUGAGGCUAAGGGUGAUCUUGUUAUGAUACAAACCUUGCUGCUUUUCAAAUGCAAAUUACUUUGUUAUCAUGCUAACUAGAUACUGGUCUCUAUCACAGCAAGGUCACCUUCAGCCUCACUCCAAAUCAAAGGUCUGGCAACUAAGUACAUAACUGUAAAAUGGCUUGUUGUCCUUUCUGGCUGCUGCACAAUUCCUUGUAGAUUAGUAACUAGAAUUUGGUGUUAGAUCAAGUUAAAAACCUCUGCUUGAUAAGUUUGAGUAUUCUCAUUACCUGUUUGCUGGAUAAUGUAUAGAUAUUGUAGGGGGAAGUUACAUGUUAAUCACUGCUGGGAGGUUAAUGAAACAUUUCUGCUUGUUAGGUUCUCGAAACAGGCGUUUGUUAGUUUAACCCUUUAACUCCCAGAUCAGAUUUGUACUUCUCCUUACUGUCAACCCUACAAUUCUUAUAAUGUUAGUUCAGAGAAUUUAGUAUUGGAUCAACUACUUAUCCCCAAAUUGAUAUUUUUUCUUUUUUCUCAUCACUUAUCUGGUUGAUAUUGAGCUGAUGUUGUAAGGAGAAAUUCUGUCUUGGUCGCUCAUGGAAAUUAGAGGGUUAACAGCAACGUAAUUUGUUGCCCUCGUUUAAGUGCUUAAGCAGUACAAAGAAAAGGCAGUCGAUGAUAAUUUUUGAGGGAGUAAUUGAAGGCAACUCGAAUUUCCCUAUGAUUUGACGAUUAAAAACUAUUCACCGAAGUGGAAGAGGCUAUGGAUGAAUAUUUACCGGACCGCGAAACGGCGAAUUAAACAUCCACUGCCAGCUACUGAGGUUGAAGUAAAUAGUUAUUUUAGUACAUACUAAAGCAGUAAGAUAUACAUCCCUAAGAGAUGAUUGUAACUCAUUUAUUACUGCAACGUUCGGCGAGUUACUUGGAAGUGAAUUGCAACGGAUAUUCAGAGUUUGAGCAGCCAAUCAGAACGCGCCUUCAACACUAUCUACUGUUUUAGUAUGUACUAAAGGGGUAUAAUCCCACACAAUUUGAUGCGUUAAUGUCGACUUUAUUAUGUUUAACUUUCAAGGGUGACAAUGUAUAAUUACCAUGACAAAAGCAUUUCCUCAACUUUAAAGCUAACACUUGAUGUUACCUACAUGUUACCUUAAGCUUAGAGUUACUAUAAAGUUACUUCAAAGUUGCUAUUGCGUAUUAUUAUCAUCUAAAGCAAUACGCAAUUUUCGUUUUUUUUUUUCACAGAGAAUGCGAACAGAGUUUAACUGUCCUGUAAUAUCCGGUAAACCCAAGGUAGCCUUCAGAGAAACAAUAAGCGGAAAGGCCACGUAAGUGAUCAACAUCUAAUUUCUCUUAACUUUUUCAUAACAAUUUCCAGCAGAGGGUUUAUGAGAAUAGCAGGUUUAAUGUUAAAAACUGAGUUGAAAGCGUAAAUUUACCACCGUAAAGAGUAAAAGAGAUGACAUUUCGAGCGUUCGCCCUUCGUUAGAGCAAUUGAUUUAUGAGAAUGUUGACACUUAGCAGUUGAAGAGAGUUAUUUCCAUGUAACACUAUAUUCUCUCAACUAAUUUGCUAGAAAACGUGAAGCAACAAGAAUGGAGAAUUUUUUAUUAGAUCGUAGUAACCAAAUGUCAAAUGGUUGAAUUUUAGGUUUGAGUAUCUUCAUAAAAAGCAAACAGGAGGAGCUGGUCAAUAUGGCCGAGUCAUCGGCAGAAUCGAGGUAUUUGACGGCAAAUUCUACUCGAUAACCUGGUAGAGCAGUUUCCAACUGGGUGUCAAAGGUGAUUUGGAAUUGCAGUAGUUUUGCUUUUGAACGCUCUAUGAUUGGUCAAAAAAAACUUGCAUCACUCUCAUAACCAAUCAGGUGAAAGAGUAUAUUUAAUCAUGACUUGACGGCGGUUUGCUAGUUGACUAUCAGCUCCCAGUGAUUUGUUACUUUGUUGUGAUAGGCCUACAGUGAUUAGGUUGUUUAAGGUUUGUGACACUCAGUUGAGAAGCAUUCUUUCAGUAUCCGUUUUUUUACAUACUUGUUUUUUGCAUGUCUGUGUGCUCUUUUGUUUUUGUAUCAGUUGAGAUGGACUCUUACAGUGUCUGGUUUUUAUAUGCUUUUUUUUUUGUUUGCUUAGUUUUGCAGUUUAGAAGCACUCUUACAGUCUUAUACUUGUUUUUUCGUUUGCUUUUAGCUUUUGUCUUUUUUUAUCUAGUUAAUUUUAUGUUAUUCAGAGUUCCUGAGUGAAGUUUCGGCGCCAUUCGUGAACCAACGUCUGUCUUGCGUUCACUUUUUGCUUCUUUUCUUUUGUCGUUGUUUUCCUUUGGUUUGCUUGGGUUGCUUUUCUUUUCUCUCUUCCAUCUGCAUUUCACUUUUCCUCUUCCUUCCAGCUGUCGCGCCCUUAUCCCUGAAAUAAAACAAUGACAAGAGCAGUGAAACUAAAACGUUGAAGAUCCCCCUAGAGAGACCCAUUAGACGUAUUGUAACCGGAGGGAAAAGGGGAAGCAUCAGAUUCCUAAUUUCUCCCAUGGCGUCUCGUCGUCGUUAUGAGGGAACCUAAUAGAAGGUCUAAUUGCUAUGGAACUUGUCUUCCCCGUUCCCACAAGGGUGUGUUGCGUAAAAAGAACGAUCCCCUCCUUCUAUUGGUAUGAAGAACCUAACCAGGCGAAACAUUUUUCCCCCUCUUAAUCUUUAGAUAUUCCUCAAUCCAUGAGUGGAGACAUGUUGAUUUCUUGUUCGUUGUUUUGCAGCCUAUGCCACAAGAAUUCCUCUGGGGAGCUCGAAUUUGUCGAUCGAAACUGUGGGCAUGAACAUCCCCAAAAGAAUUUUAUUCCUUCUAUAGAAAAGGUAACUGCAACUUGAAACUGUGCUUUUCAAUUGGAUGCGAUUUAUGAACAUAAAAAUUCGUUUCACGCACACAUCGAUAGGUUAAACUUGCUCAAACAUGUUUUUUUGGUAAAUGUUUACUUCUCAGGGUUUCCUUGGGGAAAUUUGCGAGCGUGGUCACAGGCAAGCUGCUGAAUUCGUUUGUCCUUGAAGAUG